AUGAGUCAGUGUUUAUCAGCGCACCGAGCACAUCAGUUUAGCGGUGUGGUAUUCGCGAACGACGUCGCGGCGAAGCAACAGGCGGGUGGUGUCCGGAAGAGUUCAGUGCAAAUCGCGAGAGUGUGCGACCAUCCAUCCGAGCCAGACUAGUAGCCAUUUUUUGCCGAAAACAAAUCACACCCGACUGGGUCUUUAUUUUAUCUUUAUCGCUAAAGUCCCACAGAAACUAUGGAAAGCAGUAGCCCCUCUCCGUCGUCGUUGAACAACUUCCGCAUAGUGUACUUGAUAACGCAAAUGGUGGGUGCAACCAUCGUCAUUCUGAUGGGAUCCUGGGUCGGGGUUCACCUUGGAGGUUUCGCAUGGACGUCGCGCCCGGCCAUCGAAUUCAACUGGCACCCGCUGCUGAUGUCAAUCGGAAUGAUUUUCCUGUACGGAAAUUCCAUGCUGGUCUAUCGGGGAUUCCGUUAUGCCCGGAAGAAGCCACUAAAAAUUACUCAUGCCGUCAUUCACGGGUUGGCGUUCGUAUUCACCGUCGUUGCUCUCGUCGCAGCAUUCGAUUCACACAAUUUGGCCACGCCUCCACGUCCGAAUAUGUACACGUUGCAUUCUUGGAUCGGACUGACCGCGGUAAUACUGUUUGCGCUUCAAUAUGUUUUCGGAUUCACUGCUUACCUGUUUCCGGGGGUGCGUGAUUCUCUCCGAUCCACAUACAUGCCAGUUCACGUGUUUUUCGGGAUUCUUGGAUUCAUACUGGCUGUGGCUGCCGCAUUGACAGGACUUUUGGAGAAAGCUAUAUUUUCGAUGCAAAACUAUUCAAGCCUACCACCUCAGGCAGUCUUGGUGAACAUGAUCGGAAUGCUGCUAGUCGUAUAUGGUGGAUUGGUGGUGUUCCUGGUGACUGAACCAAUGUACAAACGCAAGGCAUUACCAGAGGAUGUAAUGCUGCUCACUCACAGCCCUUCGUCACAAUAGACCCUAACGCUAACCCACUAAAUAGAAUCAUGCUAAGUAUACUAUCUCCACUGUUAAUCCGUAAUAUAGGUACAACAAAGUAAGAAUAUGUGAUGUGCAAUCGUACUUAAAACCUCAAUAACUAUAAACGUUGCUACAAGUAAAAUAUAUUAUGAAAUGUCGUUUUACUCGAUCAUGUGCACAAAGCUAAUGGAGUGAAAAAUUUACAGCCAGAUUUUUUGCUUCAAAUCUCGAACACGUCAAAAGAAAAAUUUGACGAGUGCUGAAAAUGUAACAGUUAAUAGCGGCAUAAUUUUAAUGAAUUAAAAAAUUAACUUACGUCGGAACAAAAGUUGCAAGGUGUAUUUGUUAAAAUGCUGAUGAACCAGAUGUUAUUUUUUGAUAGAUUGAUAACCAAAGUAUAGAUGGGAAAAGACUAAAAAGAUAGUCAUGUAUAUGUAUACAAUAUUAUCUCAAUAUAUUUAUGUGAUAAACCCUAUAUAAAAACUAUGGGUAUCGUUUUCAUUGAAGAUUGUAAAUAUAAUGUUAACGGAAGAC